GAGAUGUGAUGUGGUAAACAGAGGACACGGGAGUCAUGGAGGUCAAAGAGGUCAAGGAGGUCAAAGAGGUCAAGGAGGAUACAAUUCAACAUGGUUGAAGUUCAUUUUACCAGACAUCAUCAACUCAGAAAUAUUAAAGGAUGUUGAAGUGGUUUCCAUGGUGAUCUUCAUUGGGGCAAAUGAUUGUACCUCACCUUGGGCAGAUUUGCAUGUUCCCAUAGAAACUUAUAAACAAAAUUUGCAGGAAAUAGUGGUCUAUUUAAAAUCAAUCAACCUUCAACAUGGAAGGAUUAUAUUAGUUACACCCCCACCAGUCAAUGAGAGUGUCAUUUCCACUUGCU